AGCAGAUAUCGUGUGAUAAGUGUUCAGCAUAGCGUUUUGGACUCCUAUAUUCACGCAAAAUGUACGUUCUUCGUGCACAACCUGUGGACUGGCUCUGUACAUUAGCCUUGUAGAGGAACCAUGUUGACGAAGGCCUGUAUCUCUUUUUAAUACAAUUGUCAAGUAGAUGAUUAACUUAUCUGAACCAAUCGGAAUUGUCACGAGUUGAUUUGAGCCGAGAAUAUGAGGCUAUAAUCACUUAGGUACAUGUACAGUGAGGCCUGUACCUCGUGACAACACGGAAAUGGUGUUAUUGGAGAAAUGUUUGUGAAUAUUUUAACUGGUUCCAGGAAACAAAUCAGGUCAGGACGCUAAAGCUGUGAUGAAAUGACCCGGGAGAACCUAUCUAACCUACUCUACUCAGAAAGAGGAAGGACUGGCCUAUUGCUGAGACAGUACCUAUGCACAUGUGGCCACGGCAUUUUACACAUUGCAACCGUUUCACCUUAACAGCUGACGUGAUUUAUUUCAGAAUUCAGAGAAAGACUGUUCCUCAGUUGCUGGACGUAGUAAACCCAUUAUCACCCAAGGAUUGUCCUGGUAACUGGCAAUAUCAGCAGUAGUCGUUGCUCACCUAAAAACGGACACCAUUAUAUACGACGAUGUGCUGAAGCUAUCAAUCAGAACAAUGAAUGAAUCAUACGUUUCUGAUAUAUUCGCCGGUGUGGUGAUUUGAAGAACCGCGGAUGAACCACAGUAAGAUCGCACCCAAUGCAAAGAGCUGUUCGCCCAGUGGAGAUUUUCUUGGCCAAAGCAUGGACAUAUAGUGGCAUGAGUGUAUAGUAUUUGUGAUUAUUCCUUGUGCGCCUUCGAAACCGUCCGGGUUUGUCGUGUUUUAUGACAGUGCCACUGAUGAACGACUGCAGCCAUAUAGCAGAACAAUCCGUCUGGGAGAUUUAGAGAUAGUACAACUGUAGCAAUCAUUUCAUGUGGUGUAGCUGUUAGAAUCACUAGUUAUUAUUGGUAGAAUUGGUUGAAUUACUGUCUGUGGUACAGUCGUUAUUUACUUUUAGCCAUGUAAUUAUUUGCUUUAGCCUGAUUAUUGCCUGUGGUAAAAUUGAUGGCUGUUGCAUCACGUGUACUGCUUGUAGCACAUGUAUACAUGCACCGUGUAUCAACUCAAAUAAGAUACCAUUCACAUAGGAACAUACAUCUACAGCAUUCAUUUCGGAUAUAGUCUGUGUGUAUAUUGCCAACGUUAAGCUUAAUGUGUUAAGCUUAAGAAAUAAAUGAGUACAGUUUCCAGUCCAAAUUGAUGAUAAGGCAAAUAUCCAGCCGGGUCAUACAUCCUGAGUAAUUGCAUGGGUCUUACCAACAGCGGAUAUUUAUCUUCCCAUCUAAACGACGGAGGGCAACAUUGAACAGAGAACCCAGUUCAGGUGUAUUUGAUUGCCGCCGACAUCUUCGCUGUUUAUACUACAGAUCCAUGAUGCAAGGAUCUCCGAGACACGUGGUUUCUCAGGGGCAAUUCCGAAUGCUGCUACAGCGAGAUGACAGGUUCUUCCCUGGUAUGAACAAGAUUAAAAUCAAAGGUAAAGAUCUGACAAAUAUACCCCCGUCGUUGUUCACCCUGGCAAGGGUGGAGGUGUUAGAAUUAACACCCGAGAGAGAAUCCUGUCUUGAUUUCAAGCUGCCUCUGGUCCCAGCAGCAAUCGGUAAGCUUGUGAAUUUAAAGGUUGUUUGUCUCGAUACAAACGAAUUACUGGAAGUUCCGCCGGAAAUGUGCUUGCUGAAAAAUUUGGAACGCUUGGCGUUGAGUAAUAACAACCUGACAUCACUACCGGUUGGAAUAUCCGAGCUACGGAAACUUGCCAGCCUUCAUGUGGCAAAUAACGACUUCAGGGAUUUUCCUCUCCAAGUGUGUAAACUGGAAAACUUGGAGUUUCUGGACUUCAGUGACAAUCAGUUGAUCAGUUUACCCGAGGAGAUUGGAGAACUGAAGCAGCUAGUGACCUUGCUUGUGUGUUACAAUGACCUGACAUCUCUCCCGGACACUCUAUGCUCUCUGACAGAGUUGACCUGUCUUUGGUUGGGGAACAACCGUAUCCAGCAACUCCCAAGACGGUUUGGAAACCUCCGUAAACUGGACUGGGGUGUCCGCUACACCUCGUCUACUCUGGAGGGUAAUCCACUCAUUCACCCUCCCUUGGAAAUCUGCCGAAUGGGACCGGAGGCGAUAGAGAAAUACCUGUCCAGUACUGAGACAGGUGGGCGAAACCAACGUCUUCGACAAACCAACAGAAAACCGAAAAGUAAAGGGACACAGGAUUUAGUCCCCUGAAUUAAGGAAUGAAGUUGGGUGAAAAUAACUGAAUCAAGCUCAAGAGUGGAAAGAUGUCAUGGUGGGAUCAAACUGGUCGUUGCAAAAGAUCAGUGAUGAUUAAAGGUUUAAUUCUGGGAUAAGGAUUGUGUGAUACUGUUUUACAAAGUUGCCGCAGUGUUGUUGCCAAAUCCAUUUUCCACUGUGACGUUUACGUCUCCACUAUGUCUUGGACGUAAAGCCAAGCGCGACUUGUAAAACGGAUACAUGAACACGUCAAGCUAUGUUGUAUAUCGUUUUGUGACAACCACUAGGGUAUAUAUUUUCUUUUGUUCUUGAAAUCGUUCUAGUUUUAUCCAUCCUAGACUCUUAAAGAAUACGUAGGUUAUAACAGGGUGGCAGAUCUGUGUCGUGAGCAUAACACACAUUUCUCCAUGGCUUAAUGCUUGCUCACUAGAGAAAUCCCAUUGGUAUAUGAAUUGCGCAUAUAUGGAUGAAUCAACAGCACAGUGUACAUGGAAACAUCAAUUUGGCCACAUACACGUAGCUUGUGUUGAAUUCUGGCCACAUACAUGUAGCUUGUGUUGAAUUCUGGUCACAUAUAUGUAACUUCUGUUGAAUUCGGGCCACAUACAUGUAGCGUCUAUUGCAUUUUGGCCACAUAAGGUACCGGUAGCUUCUGUUGAAUUCUGGCCACAUACAUGUAGCGUCUGUUGACUUCGGGUCACAUACAUGUAGCAUCUGUUGAAUUCUGGCCACGUAAAUGUAGUUUCUGCUGAAUUCUGACCAUAAAUGUUGCAAACUGGGAAAUAGUUGUAUAAACCUAUCUCUGGUGCAUUUUUAUCUCAGCUGUACAUAUAAGCACAUUGACAGUAUAGCCACUGUUGUUAGAUAUUCAUACAUGUAUGAAAGAUAUUAAUAAACUGGAUAUUCCACAAAACAUUCUGUCAAUAUGUAUAGCAUACUGGAUGAUUCUUGUAAAACAUGAUUGUAAUUUAAGCAACCUGAAAAUGUUUAAUGGGAUGUCCUUGACAAAACCAGUUUCGGAAUUA